AUCAACACUUCUUGCGAGAGCAUCUUCAAAGGAGGAAUGGGAAGAGGCUCCUUCUAAUACUGGUCAGCGAACAACCUCUGUACGGAUGGUCUCCGCCAGUGCCGGUGCCAGGCCAGACAGUGUGGCUCAAAGGUGUUGGCGGCCAGUCUCACGCGGAGGGUCGAGCAGUGAGGAGAGACAGGAAGCCGCCGUGGAGAGAGGAACAAAAGAAGAGAGAUCAAAUGGGCUGGGUCCUCGCACGCUUGGUGGUGGUGGUGGUGGCGGCGGCGGUGAGCAAGGCUGGAGGGUAUGUGGAGAAGGAGCCGCCAGUGGUGAGGACGCCGCAUCACCUCUUCAAGCGGCUGCCCGAACUCGGCUACCCUUGGGCGCCUCACUACCUCCUCCAGCGGGUCGAGUGUCACUCACUGCCGCUCCGGGCCCACUACAUCGACGAAGGGCCCCGUGACGCACCUGAGACGCUGUUGCUGCUGCACGGGACGCCCGCCUGGUCCUUCCUCUAUCGCAGGGUCGUGCCGGGCCUCCUUGACGCAGGCUACCGUGUGGUGGCACUUGACCAAAUCGGCUUCGGACGCUCCGAUAAGCUGACGAACCCAGAGGCUUAUUCCCACGAGCUGCACGUGGCCACCGUGUUGCUGCUGCUGGAGAAACUUGAUCUAAAGGGUGUUACGCUCUUCGGCCAAGACCUUGGAGGCCCCACAGGCGUCAGCGCCAUGGCCCGCGCCCCGCACCGCUUCCGCCGCGUAGUGCUGCUCAACACGUGGCUGCCGCAGGGAGAUGUGUUCAGCUCGUUGUCUCGCGUCUGGGAGCACGCGGCUUACCUGGGCUGGCGCAACGUAGUGGCCGCGCUGGGCCGCCAUCAGCCCGUAGAGACCGUGAUGAAGGUGGCCACAGACGCGUCGUCAGACGUCAUCUCUGGCGGGUAUGGAGCCCCCUACCCGUCAUCCCAGUACAAGGCGGGGCCCGCCUGGUGGCCCCUCAUGAUCCCACUAACAGAAGAUGACCCCGUGGCUAUUGAGAUGCGUAAAGCUGCAGCCUUCCUGAGUACCUGGCACGGCCCCGCCCUGCUCGGCUACAGCGACAGGGAGGUUUUCACCCUGCCUGGACGAGCCCUUCUGCAACGUGUCCUGCCACAAGCAUGCCAGGUGGAGAUAGAAGACGCUGGCCACUUCCUGCAGGAGGAGCAAGGACCACUAAUAGCACGCCUCGUGGUGGCCUUCAUCGAGGAGGACUGCGGCGCCGUGCUGCGGACCCUCGCGUCAAACUCUCACCAGUGAGGCGCCGCCACGCCCCGGGCCCUGCCUGCGGGGGACGAGCCUUUACCGGACAAUAUCCUUGAGUCGUGAUGGUGCUGGUGCGUCACGUCUUCCGUCUCAUUUCUAUGACUCAUAUCAUCACACGCCUCAUGUAGCUUAUUUAUGAAAACGUAUAUUUAUUGUAAGGAAAUAUGUAAACACAAACGGGUUUAACUAUGUUCAAACAAAGACUGCAUGUCAAACAAUGUGAUAAGGUGUGUUGACUCUGAGCCGACCACGAGGAGCGUAUGAACAUUGAACAACCGUCGCGGCAAAGCUCCCUGUGUUGCGCCGCCGGGUGUGGGGGGCCCCGUACAUUGGCCCCGUGCUCUACAUUCUGUCACCCGGGAAAGUGUAUGGGCGACUGGGGCAUCGAGGUGUUUAUAUUAGCUGUAACCUGAGCAACCCGAAGCUGUCCUGAAUAUAUGCCGUGUGUGUGUGUGUGUGUGUGUGUGUGUGUGUGUGUGUUCCUAGUAAGUGAAGUAUAUUGCUGUAAAUUAGGCGAAUCCAUGGAGAGAGAGAGAGAGAGAGAGAGAGAGAGAGAGAGAGAGAGAGAGAGAGAGAGAGAGAGAGAGAGAGAGAGAGAGAGAGAGAGAGAGAGAGAGAGAGAGAGAGAGAGAGAGAGAGAGAGAGAGAGAGAGAGAGAGACCAUUAAUAUUAUGUACAACCACCAUCACCACCGCCACCACCACUACUACUACCACCACCACCACCACCACCAGAUACAGGAAAAGUCAAAGAGGAGAAAAGCGUGUGGUUAGUUUUUAUUGCAAAUUUCCAAGUUACAGCAGACUCUUUUCAUGGUGGUAGGAGGAGGAGGAAGAAGGAUAGGAAGAGAAGGAGGAGGAGGAGGAAAAGGACCCCCCCCCCCAAUCAUCAUCAUCCGUCACUCGCUCCCUCCUCAGUAAAAAUAGAAAGAUAAAGAAAAGAAGAAAAAAAAAGGGAGGAACGAGUAGCCACAGACUUUGACGUGAAUCCCAACAAAGGCAACGUUGAAGAGAUGUUCCUAAAUGAUGAUUGAACCGACGUAACAAAGGAAAACGAGCAACAUACAUUCCUACCCCAGAUCUUUGUGUAGCAGCCGUCCACGCCACAUCCCGGCACAUGACAGCGGAGUCUUGUUAUCCAGCCUCUCCUUUUUCUUCUUCAAGUUUUCAAUAGUUAGACCUUGCAAUCCCAGAUGCCUCGAGGGAGAAAGUUAGAGAGAGCGAGACUAAACGAGAGAGAGAAAGAGAUAGACUGAGAGAUAGAUAGAGAGAAAGAGUGAGAGUUACGUAGACAGAUUGCAGGAUAAAGAGAUAAUCUAAUGCAAAGUAAUUAGACUAAAGAAGAACAGAUUGGCAGAAAUAGAUGAGAUUAAGAACACGAUUACCAUUUACGACUAACACUAAUACUAAUACAACUGAGACAGACAGACUAACAGCAGCGUCCUCGUCAUUUUAGAGACCGGAAUGCUGGUUUGUGGUUUGUAGUUAGUCAGUGAGCAAGACAAAUAGACCUGAAACAUUGAUACAGAUUUCCCAACACUGUUUAACAUCGUGAGGAACAAUUGCGCGGAGUGAAUGUAAUCUGUCGUAAUUAGAAGGUCAAACGCGUGAGAGGCGAGCCGAAGGUGUUAAAAAGAGAGAGAAUAAAAGUUAGUUAAUGAGAUCUUCGGAUAAUGCAUGUCUUUUAUUAUUGGCCAUCUUUGUGAGCUAGAAAAAGGAAAAGAAAAGAAAAACUCAUAAAAAUUUGAAUGAGAGUUUGAAAUCGAGAGGGAAGAAGAGAUAUGAAGGAGGAGAGAAGGAGAAGGGGAGAGGAGAUAGAAUGAAGGAAGGAAGACAAGGGGAAAGGAAGUAAGAUGGAGGAGGGGAGGAGAAUAGGAGAGACGAUAGGAAGGUAGAGGAGGGGAAGGGAGAAGAGGUAGGAUACAGGAAUAGAUUAUAGAAGGAAGAAUAUUUAGUACUGGAAAGCACGAAAAAAACACCGAGAGGAAAGAGAAGAUUAAG